AUGCUCAUUACUCUCACUCUUCUUUCUCCUGUGUGUACAGCUUGCAACUUCGACUUCGAGCGUGGGAUUGAUGGUUGGAAAAGGACUGAUACAGUGUUUAAUAACCAACCAACUUUUGGUGACAACCCUACUGCCCGCAAUAGAGGAGAGCCAUCCAAUCACCAGGGAGACUGGUGGAUAGGGGGAUACGAGAACAGGCCUUCCAAAGCGGCAAAGGCAGGAGCCAUUCAAGGGGACGGACCCAGAGGAACUCUUACAUCCUCGCGCUUUCGUAUUACUGGUGGAACGAUCUCGUUUCGCAUCGGUGGAGGCUGUGAUAUGACUGUAGUUCGCGCAGAGCUACUGCUCGACAACGUGGUUAUCAGACAGAAGACUGGAGACUGUAGGGAGACAAUGACUCUUAGGAGCUGGUACGUCCAAGACUUGAUUGGUAAACACGCUCGAGUCAGGCUUAUUGAUGCCAGCUCUGACGAGUGGGGUCACAUUAACUUUGAUGAUCUCAAAGGCGACAUUGUUUGUGAUGAGGUUGAGGAUUGAAUGUUAUAUUCUACCAAGCGAGUAUCGUUUAACCGCUCGGUCCACGCGAUCGACUUUGAGCGCGUUGUCCAUAAUCGCGAAUUCUAGCAUUUUAAGUCCUCCAUGUUAAGUUUUUUUUUGCCUUAUAAUGGGACUUCUUUUGACUUUUGCUGGAUUACCUUCACAUAUAAGAUUGCGGGAUAUCCUGUUGAUUUCGUUCACAAAAUGCUUGUUGAUAGUGAGUACAGAUGCAUUGUAAAUAAACUUAGACAAAACUAAAGUUUUAACUAUGUUUAUUCUUCCCAGUAGAGUGAGUUUCCUCCUUUUCCAGCCAUUUAGAGUUUUUUCUUGGUUGUUAAUCUUUUCGUCAAAAUUUAGUUUGUCGGCAUGUUCAGUCUUAUUAUAUGAGAAAUAAAUUUCGAGAGCCCAGGUUGGAUGUUAUAUUCUACUAAGCGAGCAGUGUUUAGAAGAUUUCAACAAAAAAUCGAUUGUUUCUCUAAGUCAGUAUCUCUUAAUUUGCAAGCUCAUUGCAAUGACAUUGUUCAGGUAGGUAAACUGCUUUACUCUAUAAAAAAAAUUACUUAAAGAAACCUUUAAAUGUAAAUUAAGCGUUAAAUCAGCAAUAAAACUGGUAAUAAAUAUCCAGCUGGGCUGGUUGUACUUACUGUUGAUCAGUGGCGCGGUGCAGGGAAAACAAAUUGUAUUUGGUUUUAACCGAUUCUCUUCUAGACACACGAUAAAGUUUGAAAACGUCUGCCAAACAUUUUCAGUUUGACAGUUA